AUGAAGUGUCUCGAGAACAUUGGCCGCUAUGCCAGCUUCUGGGGCCCAAACCCACGAUCUGCAGGCGGAGGAAGUGCAGUUGGCAAGACCCCAAAGUGGAAGCUCAGCACCAAGAAAGCCGCCAUCUCGGUGCUGUCAGCCAUUCAAACCCUCGCCAACCCGCACACAUCUCGAAAUCAUCAAAAGCCUAUCCUCAUCGAGCAAGAGCACAGGGAUGAGUUUGUACCAUACAAGGCCCCUUCAGAACUGCCAUUCUAUGGCCGCAGUCCACCGGUUUAUCCUGCCCCAACCGCCAACGGCACCACCCCCCUCUGGUUCCACCCCCACCACCUCGCCUCCCUCCUUGUCUCCAACCUUACCCUCCAAGAAAAACUCAACCUCACCAUCGGCCAUGCGGGCCCAUGCGUGGGUAACACCGCCCCAAUCCCCAGACUAUCCAUCCCCUCCCUCUGCAUAGCCGAUGGCCCUGCCUCUCUCCGCGGCCAGGAAUAUGUCUCCGCCUUUCCCGCGGGUGUCCAUCUCGCCGCGACCUUUGACACAGAUCUCAUGUCCCUUUAUGGCCGCGCCUUAGGUAGGGAGUUUCACAACCGCGGUGUGAACAUUGCUCUUGGUCCCGUCGCCGGGCCCAUAGGCAGGAUAAUCAAAGGGGGGAGGAGCUGGGAAGGGGGAGGACCAGACCCCUAUCUGGCGGGAAAGUUAUUUGGGAAGGUGACAAGAGCUAUGCAAGAGCAGGGUGUGGUAGCGGUGGGGAAACACUGGGUGGGAAAUGAGCAGGAGACGAGGAGGAGGUGGGAUUGGGAUAAUGGACGGCAUGCUGUUAGUACCGAGGUUGAUGAUAGGACGUUGCAUGAGGUGUAUGUUUGGCCUUUUAUGGAGGGGUUGAAGGAGGGGAUGGGGGGGGUGAUGUGUAGUUACCAGCGGGUUAACCACUCGUAUGGGUGUCAGAAUUCCAAGUUGAUCAAUGGGGUGUUGAAGCAAGAGUUGGGGUUUGAGGGGUUUGUGGUUAGUGAUUGGGAUGGGCAGGUCAGUGGGGUGGGGAGUGCGAAUGCGGGGUUGGAUUUGGUGAUGCCGGGGAAGGGGUUUUGGGGGAGCAGUUUGGGGGAGGCGGUGAGGAAUGGGAGUGUGAGUGAGGAGAGGGUGGAUGAUAUGGCGAGGAGGGUGUUGGCGGGGUGGUAUCUGCUGGGCCAGGAUAGGGGAUAUCCGGAGAGGGCGAUAUGGGGGAAUUUGGAGAGGCAUGGGGCGGUGGAUGUGAUGGAGGAUCAUGGGGGGUUGAUUAGAGAGGUUGGGGCGGCGGGGACGGUGGUGGUGAAGAAUGAGAAGGGGACGUUGCCGUUGGGGAGGAAGCGGAGGUUUGUUUGCGUUUUUGGGUAUGAUGCUCAGGUGAAGGCCAGUCCGUGGACGAACAGGGAUCGGUAUGGGGGUGGGUAUGAGGAGAAUUAUGGGUGGGAGACGUUUAAUGGGACCUUGAUUACUGGGGGUGGAUCGGGGAGUACCACACCGCCGUAUGUGGUCAGCCCGUUUGAGGCGAUUCAGCAUCGAGUACGGAAAGAAGGGGGCAUUCUUCGCUGGGACUUUUGGUCUGGCAACCCCACGCCAUACCUCAACGCAGACGCCUGCACAGUCUUCAUCAACUCUUACGCAUCCGAGUCAUUCGACAGAAAGAACCUGACCGACAAAUUCAGCGACGACCUCGUGCUCAACGUAGCCAGCUGGUGCAGCAACACCAUCGUCAUCGUCCACUCCACCGGCAUCCGCUUAGUCGAAGCAUUCAUCACCCACCCCAACGUAACAGCCGUCGUCAUGGCCGGCCUACCAGGUCAAGAAUCCGGCAACAGUCUGGUUGACAUUCUCUGGGGCGACGUCAACCCAUCCGGCCGCCUGCCAUACACCAUUGCCAAAUCAGAGCAAGACUACGGCGCUGUCCUCGAUCCAGCAGGAGCAGAAGACGAAGAUUUUCCCGAAGAUGACUUUUCCAGAGAGGGUGUCUUGCUCGAUUACCGAGCCUUUGACAGAGAUGGCAUCACACCCAGAUUCGAAUUCGGGUUUGGAUUGAGCUACACCUCAUUCUCGUAUUCAUCCUUGCAUACCACUGCCAAACCCCGUGUCGAUACCAACAUGGGGGAGUGGCCCGAGAAAAACAAGGAAAUCGUUCAAGGCGGACAUCCAGACUUGUGGGAUGUAGUGGCGGUAAUGACAUGUCACAUCACCAAUACUGGCGAUCUGCACGGAGCAGAGGUUGCGCAGCUUUAUCUCGGUGUGCCGAAUUUUGAAAAGGACGGGAAGACACCGGUUAGACAGCUGAGAGGGUUCAAGAAGGUAGGACCUCUUGCGCCGGGGGAGACAAGACAGGUGAUCUUUGAGUUGACAAGAAGGGACUUGAGUGUGUGGGAUGUCGUCAAGCAGCAGUGGAGGAUGAGGAGGGGAGAGUACAAGGUUCAGAUCGGGGCGAGCAGUCGGGAUUUGAGGUUGGAGACGGCGAUCAUUCUGGAAUAG